AUGAAGCUUCCCGAGGAGCAGGUCCACGAUUUGAGUUCGGGCCGUUUCUCGCUGCAUCGUCCCGUCCAGGCGGAGUGCUUGUCGCGGGCAACAACAUACGAGAACCAGGAAGGCUUCGAUGAAGAAGGGGCUCAUUACCUCGACCACAUCGCUUCCCUGGCGAGAAGCUGGAGAGACUCACAACGAGAGCCAGAUCCCUUGAAACCAACUGUGGAUUUCGGCAACCUCAUGGCUGAUUGCGCAUGGUUUGUGCAUGAUAAUGAUACAGCUGGCAUCAUGUCUCUCGUUAUCGGUACCGGCCAGGAGGCAUAUUUCACGCUACCUGAUAACCUCAAAACUCCUCUUCUCGAAUCCGAUAUCCUUCUUCUGCUCUGCAUCCGAGACCUCAGAUUCGAGGGUGACUUUGAGUCAGCGGAGCAGCAGGGGAAAAAGAGUCUCGCCAUCAGGGUUGGCUUGCGUAUUCCACAAGAAUUGGAACUCACCAACUGUUAUAAUUACAUCGCCAUAGCAUGCGAUUCAGUCGGCCGCCAUGCUGAGGCCAAGGGCUGGUUGCAGAAGUCACGCACAAUCCUAGAAGGAACCCAGGACGAAUUACACACUCGGCUGCUCUGUCAAAACAACCUCAACUUUUCGCGCAAUCUUUUCUCCGUUCAAGACUACGAAGAGUCAGAGAAACUACUAGACCAAGCUUGUUCUCAGGCUACUAUUUUCGAAAGCUGGUACUCGCUAGCAUUUGCCCACCAUAGCAAAGCGAAUCUGUACAUAAGAUGGGGUCGAUAUGACGCCGCUAGUGAGCAAGUAGCUCUUGCCAGGGCAACCCUGAGUAAAUCAGGGGGGGUUGCAUCCAUUAGCUGGGCCAGUGGCAUUGUUUCUUACAGAGCUUCAUCUGUUGCGAUACUUCAGAAUGUACAAGAGGUGGCAGUCGAUGAGGCAAAGAAGGCAGUCGCCAUUGCCAGGUUGUAUAAGAUGCCACCAGGCGCACGGGCGCGCUUUUCUCAUUUAUUGAUGAAAGCGUACCUCAUGGACCCCGAAAAGUAUGGCAAAGAGGCGUCGGAGGCAAGAAGCGAAGCGCAGAGACUGAGAAAGCUACUGCCCCCUGGGAGGACAGACUUGAGUGAUGAAAGCGACAGGGCAUUUGAUCUACUAGUGGAUAUUAGUGUGAGAUGA